AUGUGUGUAAGCUUCACAAGUCUUUGUAUGGACUCAAACAAGCUCCAAGAGCCUGGGAACAAUGACAUUCAUCUCAGCAAGUUUGUUCAACAACUUGACAAAUGUUUUACUCUCAAAGACCUUGGUGAUCUCCAUUUCUUCCUUGGCAUCGAAGUGUUUAGAGAUGAGGCAGGUCUAUAUCUCACUCAAACCAAAUACAUUGAAGACUUAUUGAGAAGACACAACAUGACUCACCUAAAGCCUAGUCCAACUCCUAUCUCUACUGGGAAAUGCCUGUCUGCUCUGGAUGGAAAGGAAAUGGAAAAUCCUACUGUUUGCAGAAGCUUAAUUGGAGCCUUGCAAUACUUAUGUCACACUCGACCAGAUAUCAGCUAUGCAGUUAACUCUCUUAGUCAAUUCCUCAAAAGUCCAUCAACUAUCCACUGGAAUGCAGCUAAGAGAAUCCUCAGAUAUCUGAAGGGUACUAGUACCCAAGGUCUUCACAUCUGCUGCAGCAACAACUUGAACAUCACAGGUUUUUCUGAUGCAGAUUGGGUGAGUAAUGUUGAUGAUAGAAGAUCUGUUGGAGGGUACUGUGUGUAUCUAGGUGAAUCUCUGGUGUCAUGGUCAUCCAAAAAGCAAUUUGUUGUUUCCAGGUCUAGCACAGAAUCAGAAUAUAGGGCCCUUGAUCAUGUCAGUGCUGAGAUAACCUGGAUUGAAUCUCUACUCAAGGAAAUCAAAUUUCCUCUGCCGACUGUUCCAAUCACUUGGUGUGAUAAUCUAAGUGCAAGUGCACUUGCCUCAAACCCAGUGUAUCAUGCAAGAACUAAACAUAUUGAGUUGGACAUUCAUUAUGUGCGAGACAAAGUCCUAAAUAAGACUCUGGAAAUCAGAUAUGUUCCCUCUGCUGAUCAAAUAGUUGAUUGUAUGACAAAAGGACUAUCACAUUCUCGCUUUCAGUACUUGGCUUGCAAACUCGGAGUGAAGAUGUCACCCUCUCGUUUGAGGGGUGGUGUUAAGAAAAUAGAUUAG